AUGCAGAGUCAACUGGCGAGUCUGCUGAAAACGGCCGAGGAGUUACGCAUCAAGGGUCUCACUGACAUACGGUGGAACAACAAGGAUGAGCCUCCUGACUGUGAAGCUGGUAUAGUAGCAACAGCCACCCCUUCAGACCCAAAGCCGCUGGAGAAACAGCAGAUAGAAGCGAAGCAACCGAAGCACCCGUCGCCGAAGCAUUCGCCGGAGCUGCCCGAACAGAAGCCGAAAGACGACGAACAUAAGAUUAGCGAAAGAUUUAAUGUUAACGGCGGUCCACCACCUUUAAUUAAAUUACCUAUAAAAGAGAAACACAGUCCUGUGAAACGAGAACAUUCUGAUACUGAUAGUCCGAGUCCGAAGCGACAGAGGCAGACGAGUCGUUCAGAGCUCACCGACGAUGACCUCACUGUACCCAAACUAGAAAGAGAACAGGACUGGCAGCAUGGCAACCUGGACAUAACAGCAGAGCGGGUAGUAGGAUGGGGCAUGUCUGGGGCGUCGACGUCGCGCGAUGCGUCGGACGACGAGUGGGGGGAUGCGCCCACUGACAUCGGCUCCUUCCUGCACACCAAGCUGAGGGUGGACGGAGACAACAGCGCUGACGAGGAGUCGAACGAGAGCGUCCCCCUGGCACCUCCUUCGUCUUCAUCGUCGUCGCUGUCGACAGCUGCCGCUGGAACUGCCUCCGAGCUAAGGGUCGAGCUCGCCAAGGCACAGCUGACACUCGCGCAGAGGCCAGUUACAAUAGGCCCGAAGUCGGGUCCCACGGAUCCCCGGUUCACGGACGUUGUGAAACUGACAGAUUACCUACAGCACGGGAGAAGACCGCAGUUCUGGGAGGAGAAUUACGUCAAAAGGGUAAUGGAAGCCGUCCGACUAAAGGAGUUAGAAAUGAAGCAAGCCGCUGAGAUUCUGGGAGUGAGUUAUGGCACGCUCUAUGGUCGAUAUCGGGACGUGUAUGGCUGUAUCAAUAGGCCGUAUAGCUCGUGUGGUGUCAGGGCGGUGCGCGAGUUCUGGCAGGCGAAGGGCCCGUCCGAGGUGCUGGAGCGGCUCCAGCGCGGCGAGGUGUCGCUGCACGCCGCCGCGCAGGCGCUCGGCGUCUCCAUCGCCAACCUCGCCGCGCACGUCGCAGACUUCGGCGUGCCCGACAAAGACUUUGACCAGCCGAUCCCAAUAGAGAUGGACCCAUCGCUGAAGAUCCGCUCCAGCAGUACGGUGGCCAAACCCCCGCGGAAGCCGCCGCCGCCUGCUGCCACCGCUCCGCUUGACAAGGCGAUGAAGAAGAUACUAAUAGGGAGUGUGACUGAUGAGGAGCCGAUACCCGCGACGUUGAUCACGACGUACGACCCCAAACAACCCCCCGUCAGCACCCCAGCCGCGGCGAGUGGUAAAUGGCCAUCGAUUCGCGUGGCGUCUUUAGACACACUCCGCGGGAACGAACCCCCUACCACCGCAGUGCCCACCCCGGCCUCGCCCUCAGCUCUGAUGAGGACCAGGCCGGACCUGACCAUCGUGGCCGCGAAGAAGUCAACCGCUGAAGAUGAGGAGCAAUCGUGA